GGCCCACAAACGGGUCUGGCAGCCAAUUUGCUUCCGCCUUCUCAUCCCCUCGAAAUCUUUUUUUGACUUACCUUGACCCUCAAUAGCGUGGAAGUCGCUGAAGCAACAAAGGUUCUCAAAUCGUCCCUUGCCGCCACGAUUCGAGUAAAUCUUUGUCAAAAUGAAGUUCAACAUCAGCAACCCGAGCACCGGUGCUCAAAAGCUCGUCGAGGUUGAAGAUGAGCGCAAGCUCAGGUUUUUCAUGGAGAAGCGCAUGGGCGCUGAGGUUUCGGCCGAGCCCCUCGGUGACGAGUGGAAGGGCUACAUCCUCAAGAUCACUGGUGGAAACGACAAGCAAGGUUUCCCGAUGAAGCAGGGUGUCCUCCUGCCCAACCGUACCCGCCUCCUCCUCUCCGACGGCCACUCCUGCUACCGUGCCCGCCGCACUGGUGAGCGCAAGAGAAAGUCCGUCCGCGGUUGUAUCACCGGCAUGGAUCUGUCUGUCCUUGCCGUCUCGAUCGCCAAGCGCGGCGAGCAAGACAUCCCCGGCCUUACCGACGUCGUCCACCCCAAGCGCCUCGGUCCCAAGCGCGCCACCAAGAUCCGCAAGUUCUUCGACCUCAGCAAGGAAGACGAUGUGCGCAAGUACGUCAUUCGCCGUGAGGUCCAGCCCAAGGGUGAGGGCAAGAAGCCUUACACCAAGGCCCCCAAGAUCCAGCGCCUGGUUACUCCCCAGCGCCUGCAGCACAAGCGCCACCGCAUCGCACUGAAGAAGCGCCAGUCCGAGAAGGUCAAGGACGCUGCCAACGAGUACGCCCAGAUCCUCGCCAAGCGUGUUGCCGAGGCCAAGGCCACCAAGGCCGACGCUCGCAAGAGGCGUGCCAGCUCCAUGCGCAAGUAAAUGUGUGCGUGGUGAUGGCGGGCGUGUGUGUAGUUAGUUCUUUGAAUGGAAAUGGGGUUACGCUUUUACAUUUAUGGGGACAUAAAAAAACUGGACUGGCGAAAGGGUUGCGACUUUCGAUCGCCUUAAGGCGUCGGGCUGGCUUUGAUAUCAACGACAUGGGAACAGUUAGGGAUGAUGUCUCUAGACUGGUCACGGUUUCAUGCAUUGCAUUUUAAGGCGAUAAUUUUUAUGAUACUCGGCUCGUCCAGAGGUUAUGUGACUGCACGUAACGCCAAUUUUUUGAUGGAACAUUCGAGGUAACUGUCAGACGUUGACAUAUUCAUAGAACUAGUAUGCAAUACCGCCUGCUGAUGAUGUUCCUCUUAGCCUUCCUCUUUGGCCGGACUCUGCUUUACUGCAUCGUAUCCUCCCCAUGCUAUCAUAUGCGUCCAUUCCACAAACAAGCACUGUUCUGUCAAAAUUUCCG